GUGAAAUUGCACCUUUCGAUGUGGUUGUCAUAGUAACGACGCAAUGCAAUAUUUUGAUGUUGACAUUGACGUUUGACAACGUUUGAUCAGUUUCGAUAAUCGUCGACUAACGUGAUGAGUUGCUGUACAUGAAGAAUCGCUUAAACUAAUUUACAACAACAAUAAUCCAAGAAUGAGCGCAAUCUUUAGUGGGAAUGAUAGUAAUGAAAACAUUAUUAUUUUUGAUAUAUCAAAAAAUGAAAGAAAAUUGAAUGAAGAAUUUAAAAUACUUCAACGAAAAUUAAAAGGAAAGUGGAAAUUUAUCGAGAACAAUGAAGUAAUAUCGCAAGAAUCAUUGACAAACGCCAAAAUUCUCGUUUUACCAGGACCAUUAAGUAAAUUUACCGAACUUGAAAUGAAUUCUAUCAGAACUUUUUUAAAUUCUGGUGGCAAUAUUCUUGUCACGCUUGGAGAGGGUGGUGAAAAUAAAUCCAAUACAAACAUUAAUUUUUUGCUGGAGGAAUUUGGUAUAAUGGUGAAUAAUGAUAGUGUAGCUCGCAUGAGUUAUAGUCAAACAAUGCAUCCUAAAGAAUCUCUAAUCUCUCAAGGCUUAUCAAAUAAAUCUAUAUUUCUGAAAAAUCAUGACGAGUACAUUGGUAUGAAAUUUUUGUAUCCUUAUGGUGCAACAUUAAAUGUGGUGCAACCAUCUGUUGUUGCUUUAUCCAGUGGAUCAAUCGCUAUUCCAAUGAAUAGGCCAAUCUGCGCAUAUCAUUGUGUAAAAAACAGUAAUGGCAAGCUCGUUGUAUUAGGUUCAUCUAGAAUGUUGACAGAUACUUACAUAGAAAAAGAGAAUAAUGAUACAUUACGGGAAAUGAUUUUUGAUUUUUUUGAAGUAAAUGUUACAGAAAAGGAAGAUCUUCAUACAGAUGAUAUAGAAUUUUGGGAAUACAACUUUGUACCAGAUAUAACACAACAGGCUGACAAUCCAAAAGUUUGCACGUCAGAUUUAGAUAAUAUUGACAUACCUCGUGAAUACACUAAAUUAUUUAAAAAUCAUUUUUAUUCUAUAAAUUUAAAUAUGGUACCAGCCUGCAUAAAAGCGUAUGAGGCUUUAGGAGUAAAACAUGAACCACUUACUUUGAUUCCACCUCAUUUUGAAGCACCUCUACCUCCCACGCAAGCUUCAGUAUUUCCUCCAAGCUUUCAAGAAUUACCGCCACCUGCUUUAGAGCUGUUCGACCUAGAUGAAGCUUUCAGUUCUGAUUUAUUAAAAUUAUCACAAAUUACUAAUAAAUAUAUGGCAACAAAAGAGCUAUCAAAUGACAAGGAAUUAGAUCACUAUAUCAGGGAAUUUGGCAGUAUAAUAAGGAUAAACAAUUCUGACACACACACUGCUAAAGAAGUAUUAAAUUUUGUUUUUCAAAAAAUCUGCAGUUAUAAGACAAUGCAUGAUUGA